ACUACUGUCGCAAAGGAUAUCAUGCAAGAAAUGUACAAAUGUUCACAGAUGCAGAUUUGAACAUAAUACAUGUAGAUGCAACAUAUGGCGGAGCGACUCACGACAGCCUUAUUUUUAAUAAUUGCAUCAUUCGGGACCACCUCGAACAAUUAGUACAAACAGGCGAAUCUGUGUACUUGUUAGGUGAUUCUGGGUAUCCGCAGCGUCAGUACCUAAUGGUGCCAGUUCCAAAUGCAGACGAGGGAACACCAGAACAUCACUAUAACCAGCUGCAUGCUACUGCAAGAAACACCGUAGAAAGAACAAUAGAUUUAGAUGAUAACAAGAAAGCCAGAUUUAGAUGCCUAUUAGCACAUAGAGUCCUACAUUAUGACCCCGACACGGUUUCGAAGAUUGUAAUAGCAUGUUGCGUGCUUCACAAUAUUUGUAAUCGUGCCGGCCUACCAGCUCCAGCCAUACUCAAUUCAGAGCUAGAGGUUGAGGCUGGUUUUCAUAGGACCAGACAAAGUGUAGCUUCAAAUGAGGAUGUACCCAAUGAAACUGCACUUGGUCAGCUAUGUAGACAAAGAUUGAUAAAUGAAUUAUGGAGGGCAAGGAACACGCGGGAAUUAUAA